AUCAUGUAUAGAAAAUAGAAAUAUAAACAACCAGUGAAAAUUUCAUAUAUCUACAAUUAUUCGUUUUUAGAUGCGAUAAAAAGAAGAAAAAAACUUGAUUUAUGCAUUGCCUACAAGAGGCGGAAAAAACUUGUAUCAGAAAUUCUUAUGCUAAAAGAACUCAUAGUUUAUGUACGUAAUGUUAUAUUUAUUUUGCAACAUGUUGCACUAGUCCAAGAAAAGGUAUGAAGUAAAUUAUGAUAAAUCUUUAAAAUUGAUUUUUAACGCAAUUUUUGAGUAGGUGCAAUCUUUAUGUCCAUUUGGCCUUAACUGGGAAUUCAAUGUUGAAGAAUAUGUUGGUGGCAAAGGGAAACAUCUCCAAUUCAUCGUAAACGUAAAUCAUCAAUAUAUGUAUGCACUCUAGAGAGAGGAGCUGGACUGUUUCAUUGUAUGCUGGCUGAUAAUGGUCAGUUAAGUGGACGGAGGGUUGGAAUGAUUGUUGUUGAUGAAUUGCAUCUUCUCGCCGAACAAAAAAGGGGAGCUUUGUUAGAUGCAACUAUUACAAAAGUUUUAGACUCUCAGCAGUUCCUGCAUAAUAUUCAGAUAAUUGGUAUGUCAGCUACAACUGGAAAUAUGCAAGAAAUAGGUGACUUUUUAAAUGCUCACGAAUGCACAAGAGAUUUUAGACCUGUAAAGCUCACAGAAACUAUAAAAUUAAACGAACAAAUAUUUGUGAUAAAUAAAGAUGUUGAUGGUUCUUUGAAAAGUAAACUUGAUAGAAAAUUAGAUUUUGACUUUUCAGCCUGUCCUUAUACAUGUAUAUGGAAACCAAAAAUGCAGAGUUCAAUAUGGAAAGUGCAAACGUUGUGCACAUACCAACCGAUCCUCAACACACCUUGGGCUCAACUGUCUCGGAUACAGAGUCAACACAAGUAGAGGGAGUUCCAUACCGUUAAGCAGUUGGGAGUCUGUUGUACUUGAGUCAAAUAACGAGACCCGAUAUAACAUUUGCUGUUAAUUUGGUGGACCGUUAUCUAGAAAAACCUCAAAAAGUGCACUGGAAUGCAGUAAAACGCAUUUUUAGAUACUUAAAAUCCAUACCAAAUUUUGGAAUUUUGUACAGUAGUGAUAUAAAUACCAAUGUAAUUGCUUAGAGUAAUGCAGAUUAUGCUGGUGACGUAACAACAAAGAGAUCUACAUCAGGAUCAGUGUUCUGUGUUGGCAAUGGAUUAGUUGCAUGGAGCUCACGGAGACAGAAAUCAGUGUCACUUCCUACUACAGAGUCAGAGUAUAUUGCACUAAGCCAAUUCGUACAGGACCUUACCUGGUUAAUGCUAUUAAUGAGUGAUCUUCUGGAAACACAGGAAGUUAAACCAAUUAUAUAUGCAGAUAACCAGAGUGCUAUACGCCUUGUUAAAAACCCAGAAUUUCAUAAAAGAUCAAAGCAAAUCGAUGUAAGGUAUCAUUACAUCAGGGAAUCAAUA